GUAGUGUGGAUAGUAUAUAACAGACGUCGUAUAGGGAGCUGGCCAGACUAUCUCGACUGGGCGAUGUAAAAAACAAAUGGUCUGUACUGAUAAAUGAAAACAUGACUUUAAAAACUGGGAUGUAUUCACAGACUAAAAGACCCGUAGUCACAGUGUUGACAUCAAGAAAUGUUGUGUUGUUGUGUACUGCCGCUAUAGUGCUGUUUUUGCUGAUGAUGGCAUCAGCCGGACCAUGUGGAUGGCGCCGUUUCCAUAAAUUAUGGCCGACACAAAAUGUUCCCAUCUUUAUUACCGGGGCCGAUUCCAAAACAUACCAGGAUUCAAAAAAAUUUCUAAUGGACCUCUACAAAUUCCAGGAGAGUCGGUACUGGGGUCUCCAGGUGGUAUAUGUUGACUUGGGACUAACGCUGGAUCAGUUACAAGAUUUAAACGAGUUUUGUCUUCCUUGUGAAUGUGUGUUGCGACAAAUUCCGUCAUUACUUCAUAUUAUAGAAUCAACAGACGUGGAGCGCGGUUUUACAGAAGCUAUGAUAAUAAACGUGUUACUAGAAGAGUAUCCCUUUUUUAUGUGGAUUGAUAGCUCUACCAGACUCAACUCGUCAAGACAUUUCACUGAAUUGUUCCAAAAGACUAUUAAGAACGGCUUACAAAUAGCCGUUGGCAAUGACCAUGUAGAUGAUAAAUUUGGUCUAGCACCAAACCAUUUCCAACUCCUGGGAGAAAAUCCUAUAUAUUAUUCGUCUUCGCCGUCUCUUGAUACCAGCUGGAUGUUGGUGGGAGAGUUAGAUCCGAAGCUGGAUGGCGUACUAAGUAAGUAUUUUACCUGUGUGGAACGUUCUUUGUGCUACCGACAGAACAUGGGCGAUAUAUGUCAAUCUAGUCAGGUAAUAUUUUCUGUAAAACAGUGCCAGGAUAUGCUAACGGUCAGUCUCAUCAAGGAAUUCGACCACUGUUACAGAUCGUUUUCAUUUUCAAUGGAGCGUUACGUGGUGAUGGAGAAUUCAAGGUGUGUACAAUCUUCAGCAGCCGGAUACUGACCGAGAGAGAACAUAGAAAUGUUGUUAUUUAAUGGUUAAAUUGGCGUCUUUAAAAAUGAAACAAGGAAUUUCGUCACUCUUGAAUGGAUAUGCAGAUAGCGCAGCGGACCUGCACCCAGCCCAGCGCAGUCAGUAUAUAUGUGCAUUGUACGUGUCCUGGUUGGGGAUGUGUGUAGUAGUGUUAUGUAAAUCCUAACAGCACGGUCACGUCGGAUCAGGAAAUGGAGGCGACAAAAUGUCCAGUUGUCUUCCGAUUGAUAAAAUUGUGUCCAAAUGAAAAAAAAAUAGUGUGCGUCAAUUUAAAGAGAAUCGGUGUUAGUUGGUUUCCGCUCCUAGUUCAGUCAUUUGGGAAAUCGUCGUGUGUAAAGUGCGUGUGUAUGACUGGAGAUAUAUUUUGUUUUAUUUUCUAAGUGAACUUUUUAUCCAUUGUUAAUCAAGAAAGGAACAUCUUAAGGUAGGAAUCAACUGACUGUUCAGUCGUGUUCAUUCUUUUGACGACAUUAGGACGAAGGCAUAAUUCGUGGGACAUGCGAGCACGUCGACUUUAAAAAUAUAACAUUCGUUACAUUUUGGAAUUCAGAGUCAAUCUCACUCACAAUACUGUAAGCGUGAACUAACUAGAUUGACAGAAGGACGAAAGCGAGCGACUCGGACAAAUGUGGAACGAUCGAGAUU